AUGCGAAAGCUCGCUAUCAAUGCUGAACAGAACCGUCUCGGACGUCUCGAUCACCAAGGUCGAUGUCCCUUCCGUAACCCGACUUCGAUGAAUCCUCAUCCCCAGCAUGAUCAUCCCCCCAUCAACAUCCUCCUCCAACCCCUUCGUCGUAAUCCUGCUGGGUUUUCCGAUGGGCACAAUCCCGACAUCUUUCCCACCGAGGUCCCCAUCAUUCCCCCGCACUCAGAUGGAAUGACGACCGGGUUUAAGAAGAACCAGCAGGUCCUUUCCCGCGACGAGAAGGACUCUCCCACAAGCAUAGUCUGGCCCCGGCUGGAACAGAUACAGAUAAUGAAUCAAGCGAAGUCCAUGAUCAACGCGACCACCAGGAUCUCCAACCAUCACGAUGUCGAUGUUUGUGGCGUAGUUCUUCCGGAUCCAGUGGACUGCUUUAUCGGGGUCAUAGAGAUUCUGGUCACAGUAUUCGACCACUUGAAUGAGGUCGAGGGUAUGCCACUCGAAAUGAAGGGCCAUAGUCGAGACGUUGGAUCUGUGUACUUUGGGUUUUUCCUUGAUCUACUCUACUCCAUCUCGGUCUACGAUGAUGCCCCCGCAACUCGCUCUAUCUGUAUUGAUUCGGCGCUCGACGCCUACCAAACCUCCGCAAGCACAUACAUCUCGCAGCGGCCUUCCAAGCAGCUUGUCGGGAUCCUCUGCGUAGCUGUCAUCCUCCAUAAGGGUCGAGUAUUACUCAUCCGACGGGCAGCCGACGACAAUUACCCCAAUGUCUGGGAAGUACCGGGCGGCGUGGCGCGUGACAACGAAACAAUCAUCGACUGUGCCUUUCAAUAUGGCAAUAGCUUGCUCCUCCCGAGUGGUUCUUCUCAAAGAGGGAAGUGGAUAAUCUUCAUAUUCCGGGUGAUGGUCGACGACCAAAACUCGGAACUAGAGAUCAAACUUGAUCCCAAGGAACACAGAGCGCAUCUGUGGGCCACCAGAGAAGAGGUUCAGGAUGACUCCUGUGGGGAUCUCAAGCUGGACUGGAUCUCGGUGAACCAGAAGAGGGCAAUCUUGGAAGCAUUUGACGAGGCCGAACGUUAG